AUGAACUUCUUCAGCCAGUUUCUCGAGCUGUGGAAUUCUCGUUUUCCUGGAGAUAAUAAAGCCCCCCAAUUGGAUUGUUUGAAAGCGGAUCAGUUUAGCUCAGUGAUUGAUCAGAGACGUGCACUUGAGGAGCAGUCCUGCAAAUUAUCAAUGUCGAUUGAGGAGCUCAAACAAAAAAUUGACUACGAUUCUUUUACAAAUGAUUAUUUGCAGAAGUGUAUUCAGAAGUUGGGUGCUAUAUCUCAAGUUUUCAAUGAGAUAGAACAUAGUGACCCAAAAAUAUCUGGGUCUUCAAAUAGUCAGUUAACACCUCUUAACAAUUUUCCUGGUGACAUUCCAAAUACAAUGCUAUCUCACCAUACACAACCGUGUUUUCCGAAUAAUGCUGCCAACUUUUCUCUUUUACCUCAAUGUAUCGCAUCGGGAUUGAUUAAUUCGGCAUCUCCACUUCUUGCUGCUGUCGCUACUUCCACAACACCGUUUUUAUUCCCGUCAACGUUGAAUCAUUUCUCCUGUCCAGAUGUUAUAAAAUCUGAUCCAGAUCAAGUUGGACAAUCCAGUAGACCUGUUGGUUCUACCGAUCAUUCCCUUUUCCGGUCUUCACACGAAAAUCAACCCUUCGAGGUUACACCAUCUCCCGUUCAUAAUAACUUGUUUUGCUCUGGAACAAGUUACGCUACUCCUGUAGUAUCCCGUUCUAUACCGCAUGAUACAGGGAGCUGUAUGAAAUCGAAUUACUCCACUGGGUUGACAGGAGCAACUACGGAUGCUCAAGCGGCAGCUGCUGCUGUUGCUGCUGCUUUCGGACUUAACUUUCCUGCUACCGGUGGUGGUUCUCUCACAAACAACAACAACAACAACAACAAUAAUAUGAUGGGAUUUAACAAACAAAGAAAUCAAUCUGGUUCAAGUCUACUUCAAAUCUCACCUUUAAGUUCGAUAAAUGGUACAGAUGGGAAAGAAGAAGAUAGUUCAGUUGAACGCCCUUUUCAAUGCAUGACAUGUUCAAGAACUUUUUCUGUCAAAGCAGGUCUAGUCCAACAUAUGCGUACGCACACAGAUGAACGGCCAUAUCCAUGCAUUCAUUGUGGCAGAGCUUUUAAACAAAAAAUCCAACUCACCACUCAUAUGCGUGUACAUAGCGGUGAACGUCCUUAUGGUUGCCGUUUAUGCGGCAAGUUAUUCCGCCAACAAAGUCAUGUAGUUCAACAUUUACGAACGCAUACAGGAGAAAAGCCGCAUAAAUGUUAUCAAUGCGGAAAGGCUUUUAGACAAAAGUAUAGCCUUAUUUCUCAUCAACGUCGUAUGUGUCGUAAUCGUUCUGCGUCUAAUCCAAUUGCCGCUGGAAUGACUAUGUGGAUAAGUCCAGGCGCUGGAGGAGAUACUGGUAAUCUUAUUAAAGAAUUUUCACCAAAUAAUAAGUGUAAUUCAUCCAUUGCUAGCCCAAAUGUUUCAUUAUCCACUCCAAUCUCAGUUAUGACAUCGCUUCAAUCACCCCAAUCCCCAUUUGUAUCCUCACCGGUAUCAAAUAACCUUACACUAUCUCAAAGUCAUUUCCAGAACCCGGUCAGUUUAAAUGGUGAUUCACAGUGUGAAAAUCCACUUUCAACAAGAUCCCGUUGUAAUUCCCUGUCAAAGAAUAAAUAUGAAUUACAAGAUUGGUCGUGUGCUUCUCUUUCCAGGCAUCCAUCAUCACGUUUAGCUGCAGCAGCAGCAGCAUCAGAACAACAGUAUCAGAAGAUGAUUCCAUGCAUAGUCCAAGAACUUCAAGAUCAAGCAAUCUACAAAACCAUGCUCCAAUGGGUUUAACUUAGCGCAGGAUGUUGUAAAGGUUCUUGGGGACUGUUUUAUAUAUACAUAAUUCAGAGUAUGUUUGUUAUCAUCUCAUUUAUUGUUGAAUAGCCCUCAUUAUACAUAUAUAUACAUGUAUGCAUAUAUAUAUUGGCAAAUGCUUUCCACUACUUUAUUUUGAUACCUAUGACAAGCGGUGUUUGUGUGUGUGUGUGCAUGUCAAACCUUGAAAUCUAAUUAAUUAGGAAGACAUUGAAUAUUUGUCAUUUAUAUUGAUCAAAAUACUUUCUUUCGUAUUUAUUAUUAUUAAAAAGUUGACUUAUUUUUUGCUGCUGUUCCUUUUUCAUUUGCUUUACCACAACCACAACCACCGCCACCACUCACUGACUGAUAUGACAAUGAUUCCUAAUCAAUCUCUCUCUCUCUCUCCUUCCACAGAGACAGACUAUCAAACGUAUACAAUCGAAUCUUUCAUAAUAUACAACAACACAACAAAAUAACUUCACUAUUUUUACCUUUUCUGAAUUUCGUUUUUAUAAUUAAUCCUGUUAUAUAUAUUCCAAAGAAAAAUUGCUUCUUUGUUUUGUAAAGUGCUUUCAAAAUUGACUUUUUUUUAUAAACAAACAACACAUUUUUCGCUUCAUAUUGGUUUUCCCCUGUCUAUUGCAUCAUAGUAAAUAUUACUACUGCCACUAUUACUAUCAUUAUUAUUCAACCAAGAAAUAAAUAUACAUUUCGUCUAUUUGUUGUUUGUAAUGCCAGAUGAUGAUGAAAUUGUGAGUCACCAUGGUGAUGAUGAACAGGUAUGCGUGUUUGUGUGUGUGUGUGAAGAUCCUAUGUACCUUUCAUUCCUUGUGUUAUAUAUAUAUAUAUAUAUACAUCUUGAUGCUUCUUGACAUUAUUAUUAUUAUUAUCUUUUUUUUCUAUUUGCCUAUUUGUAAUAAUUCCUUCCCAAAAUUAUUCAAAUAUAUUACAUCAUCACGUGAUCCAUUAUCAAAAUGUGUCCUACUUUCAAACAAGGCCUUCGUUGUUAUUACUAUUACUACUUAUAUAUAUAUAU